GACGCACUGAGCGCUCAGAGCUUCAUUUUUGCGCCUUUCGCUUCGAACGAGGCCGUGGGAGUAACAUCAUCAAAGAGCCAAGAACUAGCGGCCUCGACGCCAGCGCUGCGAUUCAGCAAAAUAAGCAGGCAAGCUCUUGCAACUCUAAGCUGCAAUCCUACCGCUCUGAGCCGCACGACCAUGCACGUCGCACCCCUCCUAACAACGCUCGCCACCGCGACGGCCCUGCGCUGCACGACCCGCCGCGCGCUCGGCGCCGGUGCCGCGGCCGCCGCGCUCCCGCGCCCUGCGUUCGCCGCCGACGAGUGGCGACUGGGCGUGCUCAAGGACUACAGUGUGACGAAGAAGCAGGCCUCGUCGGUCCGAAUCCGGCCGGAGACCAUGCUCACGGCCACCGGUGAGAACGAUACAGAACUAAAACUCCUGAAGGUGCCGCUCGGGCGGGCCGCGGCGGCGUCCUUCGCGCCCGAGGACCAGCUGGUCCUGGCCAAGUACUUUUCUUCCCGAACCGACGCGGAGAAGAUCGGUGCGUCGAAGAUCGCCGCGAUCAUGAAGACCUCGCUGCAGAAGCAGGCUUCGAACCCCCAGUCGCCGCUGCAAGGCGUCAAGCUCGAUCCGGGCGCGGCCUCCGUCGAGACGAGAGGUGGCAGGCGCUACGUCGCCUACGGCUACGACGCCGACGCGUGUCGACGCCUGUCCGAGGACGGCGAGUGCCUGCGACGGGGCACGCGGUAUGUGGAAGCAAGGGUAUCGGUGUCCCUCGAGUCGCAAGCGCGCACGCUGGAGGAGCAGCGGCGCAUGGACGAGGGCGAGAUGGAGCAGCGCUACGUCGACACGCUCUGGGUCUUCACGGCGUCGGCGCCGAAGGGCGCGGGCGACGCGGCGCUCGGCGCGCUGCGGCGGGCCGCGGAGUCGUUCGAGGUCGUCGUCGACUAG